GUCGCCAUGACAACACAGAAGUAGGGUUAACCUAAGCCGAGCAGAGGAACCGGCACUUACAGGGUUAACAUCUGAGGAGAACCGGAAGCCGAGGUGGGGGGAAAAGGGGGGGAAGCAUCAGAAGAGGAAGAGGAGGAAGAGGAGCAGCUUACCUUCCCUCCGCCGCCGCCGCCAAUGCCAGACGACGACCAAGCUGACGACAUGACCCAGAACCACCAGGGCCGGGAAGGCGGCGGGUCCGGCCGGCAUGGGCCCGCGGUACGGAGGACAGACCCGGACGAGGAGCACUGGGAGCACUGGGAGCACUGGGUGGGGGCAGCGGCGCUGUGGGUGUGGUGCCGUCCCGCACUUUAAACCAAAAGCCAACUUCUCUCUGACUUUAACUGCACGCUGCCCUCCCCCCUCCCCCCCUGCUGCCGCCGCCGGCCCGGUGACUCAGUCCUUCCUCCUCCUCCUCUUCCUCGCUAGUAAAACUGAUCCGGCGCUCCAGGCGCGCAGCCUUGGAGCCAAAAAUAAGGUUCAGUCUGUCUGGGUACAGAGAGCGAACCGGGCCGGACCGACUGCUGCAGGCUGUCUGCACAGGAACCACAGCCCCGAACGGAGCACGCUCAGUCGGGACGCCGGAGGAAAACCAAGAUGGCGGAACCUGAUGGUCCUCAGUGUGCAGGUUCAGCGGCGACGGACUCACUGCCAAGCAACUUUUAAAGGAGCAGAAAAACAUUUCACUGAUGAACGACGGGGCAGGAAGCGUUCAGCUUUUAAAACAGAUCCUAAUGAAUGAUAUGGAUGGAAACUCCAGAGAGGCCUGUGAAGAGACAUGAGGACAGAAAGCAUCUGGACCAGGAACUCUCCAGGGAACGUGGCUAAGAUGGCCGACAGAGAGCAGCUAAUGGAAGCAGGCGAGACGCAGAGUAACAACCUGCAGGAAACUCCGGCUGCAGCUUCAGGAUGGGAAACUCUGCAGAAGAAGACAGAAAGCGGAGGAAGGAAACGUGACCGCUGCAGUGAGUCACCAGAACCACUGCCAGGGCGUGGCCGGUCCGGUAUGCCUGCUGCCAUGGCAACGGACACACCACAGAAACACGAGCACACACACACGACAGCGACACCAUCAACACACACACGGUUCCUGGAAGUGAGACUGAGUCACAGAACCAGAACCUAAAUAUAUCGAAAAAACCUCCUGAGAUCAACCACAAAAAGAAAAAUACCAAACAGACAAGAAGUAAAACCUAAAGUUAUUUCUGCUUCUUCAGCAACAAAACUUAAAGUUAUGGUUUAAAGCAGCUGCUUCAACCAAAAACAGUUUAUUCUGAAUUCACCAGAACAUCCAUCAGCAACCACAACACGAUCUGGACCGGACCGAACCGGACAGCUACAAUGCCGUGUUUACUACACUACAUUACACAUAAAGCAAAACCCUCUGUUGAUGAGGAACGAGUGUCUAAUGCUGAACCCUAACCCUAACCCUAAGCAAGCAGCCAGGAUCCUUUAGGGCGGGGCAGGGGAGGAGUCUAAACCUGCUGGGGGAAGAUUUAGCACUUUACACCAGUUAAACUGCUAACUGGUGUAUGGGCAGACAACAACACAAACAGACACCAGAUCAUGUUUUGUUUUUUAGUCCAGUUUGACUUCUGGAGAUCUUUGUUGUGUUCAGGAGCCAAUAAGGCUUCCUGCCCGCAAUUUUAACCUCAGUUUCCCAGACAAUUAGCAACUGGAUUGUCCAGAAAACAUAAGGAGCCUCUGACUCCUCCCACGCUGCUCUGCCAGAACUACAAGCAUGACUCAGCGCUCUGCUUCCCAACGCUGCAACUACAGACAAACCCAUUCUGGAAGAAGAAAUCGCUCUGUUGCUGAGGUUUCUGAGGAAACUACAAGAUUCAAACUACCAGCAGCAACAACAGCAGCAACAAGCGGUGUCCCCAUCACUUCCCCUGAAGUUCUUGCGUUCUGUUUCACUUUACAGCGGUCACUGCAGCAAAGUGCCACGUUUGUUGCUAGGAGACGGUUUGUACAGCAUCACGUUCCUGUUGAUCCCAGCGUGGAACAGCAACCAAGUGAACCUGGAGAUGAGGUUUCUAUCUGAACCUGCAUGUUUUAAUCCAGACGCUAACUAGAGCAGAUUAUUCAUUCACAUGGUGCAACAGGUCUCAUUAGAGGAGAAGAAGAAGAAAAACAGAAGUAGAAGAAGAAACCCUGCAGCUCAUUAAUCCCUCAGAUGAGUUUCUGGAUUAUAAUAAUCUGGUUUAAUGAGCAUAAAAACUGCUUUCAGAGAGAGCUGUUUGUUCAGCUGGCUAAUCGCUAAAUCUGCAGCUAAUCGCCUAGCCUGCUGCUAAUCGCCUAGCAUGCUGCUAAUCGCCUAGUCUGCUGCUAAUCGCCUAGCCUGCUGCUAAUCGCCUAGUCUGCUGCUAAUCACCUAGCCUGCUGCUAAUCGCCUAGUCUGCUGCUAAUCGCCUAGCCUGCUGCUAAUCGCCUAGCCUGAUCUAAUCACCUAGCCUGCUGCUAAUCGCCUAGCAUGCUGCUAAUCGCCUAGCCUGCUGCUAAUCGCCUAGACUGCUGCUAAUCGCCUAGCAUGCUGCUAAUCGCCUAGCCUGCUCCUAAUUGCCUAGCCUGCUGCUAAUCGCCUAGACUGCUGAUAAUCGCCUAGCAUGCUGCUAAUCGACUAGCCUGCUGCUAAUCGCCUAGCCUGAUCUAAUCACCUAGCCUGCUGCUAAUUGCCUAGCAUGCUGCUAAUCGCCUAGCCUGCUGCUAAUCGCCUAGCCUGCUGCUAAUCGCCUAGCCUGCUGCCAUCAGAUGACUGAGCAGCUCUGACUCAUGAGAAACGAGGACAUUUCGAACCAACAGACAUUGUUGCCUGUCAGACGGUUGUUUGGUUGCCUGUUUGGGAGUGAAAUCUGAAAGUCCUGCAGUUGAACAGACUUCCUGUCUUCCUGAACAUUUGCAGCUUUGAUGAAUCAGCUCAAGUCUGGGGACAUUUGUUUCCUUUCCUUAGUUUCCUUAGUGACAAUACCUGGACUAAAUGCAUGCCACACUUUUCAGAUUUUUAUUUUCAUAGUUAAAACCAGCUUCCUGUUGGUUUAUUACAUAAAAUCCCACUGAAAUAAAGAUUUGUCAGGAGCCAGACGGGUUUGGCUCUGAAUUAUAAUCAUUUAUAUUUUUCAGAACAGAAUUAAUAAAACCUGAGAUGCUUUUA